UGGCGGUUGUUUCAAGAUGGCGGAGGUGGUCGCCGGGACGGGUGGAGACAUUUACUGGAGCGGGGGCAUUUCUGAUGAAGAGCAGCCAAUGGUAUAUGUUUCAGGAAUAUCUGCAAAAGAAAACUUAAGAACAAGAUAUUUGCCAAAAUAUCAAAAGAGUGAAACUAAGCUAACAGUGCCUGUCACUGAUACUUCUGUUUCUAUGGAUCCUGUUAAAAGCACCAGAGAUACGACAGGGCAGCAGGUCACUAAUGAAGGAGGAAUGAAGAGCGCUUCUUUAAAGGAUUUAUGUCCUGAGGACAAGAGACGCAUUGCAAACUUAAUUAAAGAACUUGCCAGGGUAAGUGAAGAAAAGGAGGUGACAGAAGAACGUCUGAAAGCUGAACAGGAGUCAUUUGAGAAGAAGAUCAGACAACUAGAGGAACAGAAUGAACUUAUCAUCAAGGAAAGGGAAGCUCUGCAGCAACAGUACAGAGAAUGCCAGGAACUUUUGAGCCUUUAUCAGAAGUACCUAGCUGAGCAGCAGGAAAAACUAUCACUCUCCCUCUCUGAACUCAGUGCUGCCAAGGAGAAGGAGCGGAAGGUAUCCUGUAAGAAGAGCUCAUGCCAACAACUGUCUUUGGAGCUCGAUGGUUCCUACUUAGGUGUGAGAGGACCUCAAACUUUUUAUAAGAACAGUAGUGCAUCAAAGGCUGGAAGCCCGGGCCGUGUUGCAUUGUCCCAGCCUUGCAGAAAUAAUCGUGAUUAUGGGACUGAAAUCCAUCACAACCAUCGAGAGCAUCUCAAGGAAUGUCCAAUGGAAAAUGGCCUGCACCGAAAGUGUAAUAAUAUGAUUUCCUCAAGCAAGCAGAGGAGCCCUCACCAUAUAAAACCAGCUCAGCAGAUGGAACAGAAAGGAAAUGAAUUGCAGAGUGUGUGCCAUCAGCAAAUGAGUCACUGUUGUGCCUUUAGGCACGUAGGAAGCCCAGGUAGCAUGCAAGAGAGCCACCAUGUCAGCCAGGUACUUAGAAGACAUUCUGGACCAGUUCAUGAAAUCUGUGAUUACUCUAGGCUCUCACGAGUUUCUGGGCUAAAUGACAGCAUGGAUGCUGGGUCUAAAGAAACAGAGGAAGCUAAAAGGCUAUCUGAAGAAAGAAGGCAGCAGCUUCUUCUGCAGAAAAUGGAGCUAGAAAUUGAAAAGGAGCGUCUCCAACAUUUGUUGGCUAAGCAAGAAGCAAAACUACUUCUAAAACAACAGCAACUGCAUCAGUCCCGCAUGGAUUAUAACAGGUUGAGAGGCCAAGUACCUAGUUCAGAAGAUGUUCCCAUUGGUGAAGCACAGGGAGAACUUGGUCUAAUGAUGAAUGGCACCAACAUGGGACUAAGUUUACCUGUGUCAAAAUGUGAAGAUUACUUUCCCAGAACGCCUCCAAGCAAAUCCUCCAAACCAUCAGGAAGCAGUGGUGAAAGCAGUUCCGGGAAGAAAACAGUUGGUUUUAGUGCAACUGUGGAAGAUGGGCAAGCCCUUCUAAUGCAGGCCAAGAGGGUAGCCAGCAGGUCAAGGAAAGGGAAAACUUCAGGGCCAAGAAAGGAUGCAGCCACAUCUCCUGUGCUGAUAGGCAGCAGUAAAGAGUUUGUAACCACAGCUACAUCGCCAAUACAGCGUGACAGUUCGCGGUAUGAAGCCUCUCUUCUUGACCUCGUUGAAGCUAUGAGUCCCAUAUCUGCCCCAGGAAACCUCAACAAAGAAUCCCGUGACAGGAGCAAAAUGCAUACACCUCACCAUGUGAGCCACAGGCCGUCGACUUGGUACCAGGCCCCUCAGAGUUCCAGAAGCAGAACAGAUGAGCUAGAGGAGAGCCGGCUCCUUGAAGAGAUUUUCUUCAUUUGAUAAGGCUUAUUGGUGUACAGCCCUUCUGUAGAAUUUUUAGAACGUUUUUAUUUUUGAUUUGUUUGUUUCAAAGUAUCAUUUUUAAAUUAUUUGGUUGACAAUUGUCUGCCCUCCUCUAAAACAUAGCUAAUUAGCAUUCUGUUGCAUUUGGGAUUUAGCAAUCAUGUUGCAGGAACGUUUUUGGGAUAGACCAGUCAGGAAGUUUUAACAUUUUUUUGUAAACCUUUCACAUGCCAAGAAAUCAUUCUAAUAUAGAAUUUUUUUUAAUGCACAAUUUUUUCUAAUAGAUUGAAGUCACAGUUUAGCCAGCCUCAUAUUGAAAAUGUAUUUCAUUAUUGAUUUUUAGCUCUGAAGCAGUUUGCAAGAACUGCCUAACGGUCAAGAACCACCACAUUCCAAGUAGAUUAUUUUCUAAUUAAACAACAGCCUGUUUAAAACGGGGCAUAUUGUAAAGGUACAAGCACUUUACUACUUUUCCUAGUUGUUCUAUGAUCUACUUUUGCCUUCAGCAUUCUAAUAUUUACUAUGCUAGGACUUCAGGAUUAUAUCCUAAGCUCAACUAUACAGUGUCUAAUAACAUUAAUAGAUGUUGUUGCAGGUUGAUGCUCUAGGUAUCCAUUCAAAAUGUAUUCCUCCUUAAAUCAGCGCUAUUUGACAUAGUUUAUAUGCUGGGAAACCUAACCCUGAAAUAGCAGAACACACUCUGACGUUGUAGUGAUCCAAAACUUAGUUUAUACACUUUUCAAGAUGAAAUAUAUAGUAGUUGUUGGAUAAGAGCAGUCUUCAGACAUUUUCCCUAACUUGCACUAUUUUGAUCUUUUAUCCAAGCUCUAUUGUAAAUAAGGCAAAUCAGUAAUUAUUUCCACUAGCAUCUCGCAAUGCACAUUUCCCUACUGGCUUUAAUUAUUCAUGCUGUAUCUAUUUCAGUUUAUUUAAAUGCACUUCCAUCUACUGCAUGCACUUGGUUAUUUAAAGAAAUGUGCAGAACUGGUAAAAAUGACUGCAGAUUACAGGAUUGAUGGUCAUUUUCUCCACAAUGCAAUGUUCAUAUUUUAUUGUAACAGUAGCCACUGGCAUGUGGUCCUAGAAAUAUGAGGCUAAAAUACUCAUUUUGCACAGUCAAAUUGCAGUGAGGGAAAGGUAGAAUUGUGCCAGUAUGGGCAAGUUCUAGGCCAUUUGCUCCCAAACACCACUUCAUGGGCCAGUACAGCUUUUGUGACAGCGUCUUUAGGCAGCACUGCUUAUCUUAAUGGCAGUGAGUAUCUGUGCUGAUCCUUGGGGUAUCACUGUUUCCUGCCUGCCUCCGACUCGUUUGCUCUUGUGCAGUAGCUCUCAUGAAGUACUCCCGUGCUUUGCAAGGAGCUGUCAAGAUUUGGCAGUGGGGCUCACUGUGUGUCUCUGAGGAGAGCAUGCAUGAUACAGUUUAUAAAACUUAUAACCCUAGCAGCACAGUGCUUUUAUAGCAAUGAAAUAAAGGAGGAAUGAAGGGAGAGAUGAACCUUAAGUUAUUCUGUGCUAUUUCAUUCAGAUCCACUCUUAACCACAAAUUAGGUGAUAUCCUUUUCUUGCAUCCCAGCUGAAUUUUAAAAGCUACCUGAAGGAGUUUGAAGGGGAGAACCAGCGUUACUGGACCAGAUGGCUGCUAUGGAAAGGCCCUGCUUGGUCUUUCUGGCUGUCUGUAAAGUUAGAGUUCUUUCUAGUAUGCUCAUCUGCUGCUGAAUAGCCCUCUUGGUCUACUCCCUGAGCCUUCUAGGGCACAAAUUUCUGGUUAAAAUUCCAAAGACAGUAGGUGCCCUGUCCAAAUACAGUAGUUGGGGGAAAUAGUUUUUCUCACUCAGUGUGUUUCUGUUGGCUGAGUUUUGGGAAUCAAGGUGAACGUAUCCUCCUCCUUUAGGAGGACAGGGAAAGGGAGAAGGAAAGAGGAGAAAAAUUUACAAGGAGCAGCAGAAUGAAGAAAUGACCAGCACAUGGAUUUCAGAGGUUUUUUUUUAUUUUUAUUUUUAUUUUUAAGGUUUGGCAGUUGUAAAGAAAUAGUUCUCCAAUUUCAGUCCAAUCACUUUUCUUCUCUUUUCCAGUUUGACUGCAACUUUAAUUGCCUUUUCUAAUAAGUACUAACUGACUUCUUGAAACAGCAAAAAAUAUAUAUCUGUAUCUCUGAAAAAGGUGCCUUUGUGUACACAUUCCAGAACACUGCAUGGGAGCGUUAUGUUCUUUGGUUCUUUGUGGGUGCCAAUGUUUAGCUACUUUACAAUUCUUUAUGAUCCAUUUUGUGUAAUACUGGUGACUUUUGACUUGAAUAUAUAUUUUAGUUGUAACUCUUUUUAAAAGGACAUUGUCAAGACUGUGGGCUCUGUGCUCCAGGUGCUGUCCAUCAGUCAGAGCUACAUGGGAGACAUACCUUUAUGUUGUAGCCAAGAAUUCUAGAAUUAAGUUGGCUGAAAUAUCUGAUGAGUAAAAACCUUCAUGUUUUAACUAUCUCUGAAAUGUGAACCAAGAAACAAGAGCUAUUAAUUUGGUAGACUCUCUGAAAAAUCAUUUUUUAUAAUACAGGCUCUUGCUCUAGUUAUCAGCAGCACAUUAGAAACAGUGUUUAGCAGUCAGUGCAAGCAAAGAUAUUUUGCCAUGAGGCACUACAAAGUUGAAGUUAUUAAAACAUUUAUAGCCUUAGAAAAAAAAUCAAUGAUUGUCAAAUAGGAAAGGACAAAAUCAGUAGUUGGAACUGGGAGGGGAAUUGUUUUCCAUCUGCUAAAACAGUAGAGGAAAUGCAAAAAUUAAACUACCAAAAGCAAUCACUUGACAGUGUCCUUUUACGUUUAAGCUCCUAUAUUAGGAAGCUGCCGCUGGGGAGUUAGUCCAACCGUAGAUUGUUUGUCUAGAGUGUUCCCAGUUAAUACGCUUCAGCUACAUAUCAGGCUGUGUUUUACGUGAGACUGUGUGGAGUAAUAUGACUUCUGCUAAGGCUGCUACCCAUACUUUCACUUUGUGUUUUUCCUGAAUGGCUUGUGUCCACACACUUGCCAUGUUUGUGUGGUUGUCUCUUUUGUACACCUUGCACACAGUGGACCUGUAACAAUCACACUCUUUCGACUUUUAGCCUUUCCACUCCCACUGUUGAGUCCCAUCUUAAACCCAAACAUAUAUUAAUAUAUGUAUGUGAGGUUUUAAUGUAAUAAAUUAUCUGGGAGUUUCAUUUUAUCUUCCAGAUCUUCAUUUAUUUGAA